GAUCCCAUCUCCCACCCCCUCCUGACCAUCGAGGUACUCUCCUCGUACUGUAGCGCGUGCCUGCCUAUGCUAGGACGAAUAGAAAAUAUAAGAAGGAGAAGGCUCGAUUGGAAGUUCCCCCGUUGCCUCAGUUAAAUCCCAUCCAUACUUUUGUGUGUUCAGCGUUGGUUUGCCUGCAGGACGGUACACCGCUUCGACGUCCUGACCUUCCUACUUCCUGUCAUCUCUGACUUUGCUUUGUUCGCUUGUCUCCUUCUCUUUCCCUAUCACUGGAUACCUUACUUUCUUGCCAAACAUAUCCGUCGCUUUACCAAACUCGAGCUCGAUAAAGACCUGAUCAAAAUGGCAUCAUCUCCCGCCGUUUCCGUUCCCAUCAUCGACACCCAUGUGCACCUCUAUCCCCAGUCCGAGGUAGAAACCUACCAGUGGUACGCUGAAGACAAUCCUCUCGCCAAGCAGCACUCCAUCCAGGAAUACCAGACCGCCACCGGUGCGCCUGGCAAUCUUCAGGGCUACGUCGCAAUCGAGGUCGACCGCAAGAACGACAAUGCUAAGGAUUGGACUCACCCACUACAAGAGAUCGCAUGGCUUCGCCGCAUCGUAACCGGCCAACCGAAGCCUGGCGAGGGCCACACGGCUGACGAUGGCCGUGAUUGUCUCGGAAUUGUGCCGUGGGCGCCGGUUGUAUUGGGCUCUGCAGAGUUGGAAAAGUAUCUCGCAGCUGCGGAAAAGGAAGCCGGGCCUGAAACAUGGGCCAAGGUGAAGGGUUUCCGCUACUUGCUGCAAGAUAAGCCCAACGGAACAGCCCUAAGUGACGAUUUUAUCGAGGGCCUGAAGCUGCUUGGCAGAAAGAAGUUCGUCUUUGACCUGGGUGUUGACCAGCACAAAAGAGGGAGAAUCCAACUGGAGGAGGCGGUAGAAAUGAUCGACCGUGCACACGAAGGUGUGGACGAGGAGGACAAAGUGGUAUUUAUCCUGAACCACCUUUGCAAGCCAGAUCUAACCAUCGUCAACGUACAAACGGAUCCCUCAUACAUCGCCUGGCGCACCGCCAUGUUUACUCUCAGCAAGUGCGACCGUACCUACAUGAAACUGAGCGGCUGCUUCAGCGAGAUGCCCGAGUUUUUGAGGGCUCGCCCGGCCGAGGAAAUUCUCUCUGCUAUCCUACCCUGGCUUGCCGUGGUGAUAGCCGCCUUUGGGCCCGAACGCAUCAUGUUUGGCAGCGACUGGCCGGUGUGUACUCUAGGCCUUGGUGAUGAAGCCUGGAAGAAGUGGCGCAGAGUGGUGGAGAUGACGUGCCAUAUGGCUGGCUUGGGACCCGAGGCUCAGACAAGGCUCUGGGCGGAAACAGCGAGGGAAGCGUACAAACUUGAUAGUCGUCCGGUCUACAAAGUCGUAGACUUAACGAGAAGCGACGAAUAGAGGCGGACCACUGAAUAUCAGGUUUAGUACCACCACAAACAGGAAGGCUGGCUUCUUCCUUGGUCGAAAUUGUGUCAUUCUUUCAAACCCCAACGCUUGAAAGGCAAUGUCGGAUUCAUGACUUACAUGUGAGGAACGUUAUCCUCUCAGAGAAGCGGUGCUUAGAACUCAAAACGAAGGGAUAUUCUGGAGAUAUGGACAUUUUACGUAUAUUCAUGUUCGGACGCAAAUCUUCUUGCGCUUGAUUAGCCUUUUGGCAUCACGACGAACUUAAACAUAAUUUAGCGCUUCUGACGACCCAGGAUUGGAAGCCUUUUUACAUAAAUACAUGUGUGGGAUGCCAAACUCCCCUAUACAGCAG